GCGGUACGGUCCGGUGGGCACCAUCAGACGCAGCACGCUGGGGAUGGAGGAGCUGGAUCAGGUGCUGAACGUGACCAAGGAGUUCGCCGUGGUGGGCGGCCUGAGCCAAGGCCAGGUGUACGGCUUCACAGUGGUGUCGGUGAACGACCACGGUACCUCCCUGCCGACCUCGGUCAUCACAGUUAAUGUCACCGCGCAAGAUGACGUCAUGCAGAAGGCGAUGACGUCACACCCGCACAGUCUGAGCGUAACCGACCUAUCAGCGACCGAGCUAACCAUCAGCUGGGCGCCGCCACUCAUCUCCCAUCCGACCGAUCGUAUCCGCUACAAGAUUUCGUACCGCGGUCCGAACGCCACGGACUUCACCAACGUGACAACGGCCGCUCUCUCUCACCGACUGCAGGAGCUUCAGCCCAACUCCCAGUACAUCGUGUUUAUCACGGCGCUGAGUGGAACGGGAGAAAGCCGGCCCUCCGAGACACUCCAGCUGUGGACCAGACCGGCUUACCCUGCGUAUGUGGAGCUGCCGACCAUCCACCCGACGGACAUGGUGAAGGAGGGCGGCAGCAUGACCGUCCUCUGCAUCGCCAUGGCCUCGCCGGAGCCGACGGUGGCGCUGUACAUUAACGGACGACAUGUGCAUGAGGAGCGCACCCGCCACCUGGUGACGUCGAUUCGAAACGUGAGCCGUGACAUGACCCAGGUUACGUGCUACGCCGACAACGGGUAUGGCACGCCCAUGCAGUCAACCCGGCAUAUCGUCAUCAGCCGCCGUCCGAUCGUGACCUCGCGGCCCGAGUUCACGGCACCGGAGGGCAGCUCGGUGACCCUCCGCUGUAGAGUGGACGCCAGCCCCGAGCCCCAGAUGGUGUUUUGGCGCCAACCCGCCGCCAAACGAGAGGUGGUCAUCGACGGAGGCAACUUCGAGGUCAUCACACAGCGCGGCCGCAAGGAAGGAGAGUACACCAUGGAGCUGAAGAUCAGGGAGGUGGCGGAGGAGAACUUUGGUCAGUUCUUCUGUCACGCGGAGAACGUGUUCGGCUCCAUGACCAACACGUUGACGCUCAAGAGACAGCAGGAGGCGCCGCGGCUGUACGACCUGGGCGUGACCGAGUGCUGCCGACGGCUCAACGUCAGCAGGCCGUGUCAGCGCGCAUGCGCGUUUGACGUCGACCUGGACGCCGUGCUGGCCGUCCCAGAGUGCGCAGCGGAGCUGGGCAAGCUCAUGACCUGCGCUGCUGAUGGCUCUGACCAUCGCCGCUGCUGCGCGGACAAAAUCGUGCCCAGCCGCUGCCUGCACUGGUGCCGCGGUAAGCCCGUGGACGGCACCGAGGAGUGCACACUUAGCUACGCGAAGGACAUCGUUGACUGCUUCGAGGAGGGACGCGCGGUGCUGCCCAGUCGGCCGCUCAACGUGCGUGUGGAGGCGGUCAGCAGCAACGAAGUGCGGGUGCUGUGGGACCCGCCGGCUCGGAACGCGGACAAGGUGGAGGUGUACAGGGUGUACUGGCGGGCGCCGGGCGACAACAUCUCCUCGCGCAACGACACGCGCACCACCUCCCUCCGUCUCUCGCGGCUGAGGGCUGGCGUCGAGUACGAGUGCGCGGUGAAGUCGGGCAACCAUUACGGCGUCAGCCAGCUCACUGAGCCCGUGCUCUUCAUGCCCGGGCGCAUGUUCGUCUCGUCAAAGAGCACUGAUAACUACUACAUCAGCACGGGCGCGGUGCUGGCCGUGGUGCUGGUGCUGGUGCUGGUCAUGGUGCUGAUGCUGGCCGGCGUUUGGCUGUACCGCCGCAAGAGACGGAAGGCGUCCGCAAGCGACCGCGUCAGCUUUGAGAACCCCAGCUAUCUGAGAGAGAUGAACCUCGAAAACCUGCAGCACACGUCCGAGUCGUCAUUUACCGGCGGCCCCAAUGGCACCAACGGUACUGUCACCAACGGCGACGCCAGCAAUGGUUCGGCUGGUCGCCGACAGGAACCGCUCCAGUCGAGCGGCAGCCAAUCAGCGUCGCCGACACGGUUCGGCGCACUGCGCAACGGCCUCGGAUUGGUCGCGAAGGCGGCCGGUUUCAAACAGUUCGAGAACGAGCAGUGAUUGGUGGACCCAGACGGGCUGGGCGGAACUUUGACGCGGCGGUUCGAACCGGUUCGAUCCAGCUGGCGGCGGCCGCUUACGACCGGAGUGAUCGGGGCACAGACUUGUCCGGCUGUAGUGAGUCGACGCCGGCUCGGUGGAAGAAUAGAGUGACGCACUGACGCCACGUGAUUAGCCCGUGAUCACGUGACUGCCACGUGAUCAGCUCGUGCCGUAUACUCAGACGCCGGGGGAAGCCAGCCCUGCCACCAGGCGUUGUCUUCAUUGUUCCCAUCCGUGCGUCCAUAGCUGGCGUGAACUUUUGUCGACCAAUCGGCUCGCGGCCAUGGCGGCUCUUCGCGUUGAUUGGUCCGUCCUGGUGACGUCGGUCCCUGUUCUCAAACUGUUUGCCUGGCGGUGUGGUGAACGUUUGUACACGAAUCUCCCCGCGACUGUCACAACUAACUCGUUCGUAUCCGCCGUUGUGUUUUUUUUUCUGUUUUGCGUUGGCUCGAGUCUGCGGUAUGCUGUUUUCCGUGCGGUGGACCUGUGUUCCAAAAAGACUGUUGGUUCUCUGAUAUGGAUUCGUUCCAUUGCCUUUAGUUCAUUCUUCUCACCUGCAGUUCACGUUAAAUGAAAUGAAUUGGCGCGGUAUACCUAAGUGUCACCCGUCGGCUCGCCCCGCUUCUGGCAUUUUACAGACACCGCGUUGACUUGUUCCCUAUUGUACUGGAGUCUGCGAGGUUGCUACGCUGUGUCUGCGUUCGGACCAGCACCGCCAGGCCGGGAUCAGUACCGCCAGCUGACGGUACGGGCAUUAGAGUGACGCGUGCGGCGAUCCGACGCCUCGUCGAGACUCGUGCAGUUGUGGUGUGAACACUCGGGGUGGGAGGUUUUGCAUGGGAGGUUGGCAGCGUCCGAGUGUGCUGAGCGCGUGUUGAGAUGGCUUUAGGCCUUCAAGAUUGUAAGCGGUGUGCGUUUUGCGUGUGUCUGAGGUGGGCGCGAGUUGGAUGCCUUACUCGUCAGACCUGUCGGGGUGUCGGAUGUCAUUUUUGGGCGUGCCAUCUUGUCAGGUGUCGUUGGAGAGGCCAUCAUGUGUCAAGCGCAUCAUGUUUGUCAGAGGACAUUUGUCGAAAUUGUCAGGUUCGACGGCCGCGUUAUGUUUGUCCAGUGGAUUGUCUCGCAGCACAGUCAAUGCAUGAUCCAUUGAUUGUGGACGCCGCGGAUGCUGAGACAAACGUUCGUCUGGCAGACUCUAAAGAGCGUGUUGUUACGCGUCAAAACUAAUUUCGCCAUUCGCUUCGCCCCAUGGUGAGAUUGGUGUCCAAGAAUACCUUCGCUGGGCGCAAGACUGUGCGUCUGAUUUGCGUGGAGUGCAUCUCAGCGAGUGUUUUGUUACACGUCGAGUGACUACAGCGUGCAUUACAU